AGGACCACGAUAUGUGCAUCUUCUUGUUUUCUUAUAUUAUUGACAUUCCAAAUGUGUUUGUUGUUUAUCAUACUUGGGGCAUUGUAGUCCAAUGUGUUGUUGCUAAAUGCUAAUGAUAUCUCGGUUUGUAUAAAUUGUCGUUUCUUUGUUUUUUUAAAUCUUUGGGGACCAGUUGUAUCAAAAAGAAUUUAUAUGAAUGGAAUUGGUGCCUUACCCCCACGAGCAAUUAAAUGGCUAAAUGCCAUUUGAGAAGAGUAGCCUAGAAAUCUUCGAGCUUUCCCUUUUCUUCUAAGUCCCACCAUGUAUUUUUCCCUUUUUUUUCCUUUCCAUUACAGUUGAGUAUCAUUCACAAUCUCCCACUAAAUUCAUCACCUGCCCCCAUUCUUCCUUCUUUUUAUUCAGCCAAUUUCAGUGCCAUCCAUUCCCAUUCCUUCCUCUUGCUUUCUUCUCCUUCUUCAGAGCUUUCCAAAUUCCACCCCAACAAUGGCGGCUGCUGCCUCACAAGUCAAACAACUUCGACAGAUUCUCCAAGAGCAGCAGGAACCAUUCGUUCUGAAGACUUACCUUGUUGAGAAAGGCUGCUGCAUUAGGAGCAAUAGCUCAGAGCAAGAAGGAAGCUUUACCUGCUGCCGUGUCACCUCCGGGAAGAAGGGCCAAAAGGGUGUCUCCCAUUUGUCCAAGGUGGUCAGAAAUCUGUGUGAUCAAGUGGGUUCCAUCAACGGCAAGAAGCUCAAAAGGAAGAAGAAGAAAAGGCAGAAGCAGAGUCCAGAGGCAGAAGAAGAGAGGUUGUCCUUCGCCAGCUGCAGCUCCAAAAAUUUCAUAUGGUUUUCUACUGAGGGUGAUAACGUUGAAGGAAGAGCAAGUUGUUCCUCUUCAUUUGUGGAUUUCUGCAACUCCAAUGAAGAAAAGAUAGCUGUAGAUGGAAGCCUCCAGUGGCGAUGCAUGGAAGACGAGGAUCAGCAUUCCAGCCCGGUUUCGGUUUUGGAAGGACCGGCGUCUCAAGAAGAAGACUCUUUUUCCCCUCCAACGAAGAACAGCAGCAGCAGCAGCAGCACAGGUGAGGCCAUCAUCAGGAAGAAGAAAGACGAGAAACCGAACCAGGUAUCGGUGGAUGAAUCCAUUAUUGCAUCAGCAUCUGUGUGGGGAGUUCUGUUACAGAGAGCAAUGGCCAGGGUUGAAGCUACUGAAACAGGGGAUCCCCUGAAACCAAGCAGCAGGAAUAGCAGUUUGGAAUUGGAGAAAACGAAGAAGCAACUUCUGUUUGAUUGCAUACAAGAGGAGAUGGAACUAGAGACCCAUCACAGCAGGAUGCAGAGUUGUACGAGUAGUGCUAGGAUAAUGAGACCGCAAGCAUGGAGUAGGAGAUGCAAAACAGGAGGCGGGUUCGAGCUGCUAUCGGAUUCGCUUGCGCAACGAGAAUGGAGCGAUGACGGCGAGCAGUGCAGGGAGAUCGGACAGGAGAUUGCAGAUGCCAUUCUGGAAGAGAUUAGGGAUGAGAUCAUGGAUUACUUGACUGGUCCGUGAUCUCUCCCCCUACUAUACCAUUAACUCGUGUAUUUACCUACUGUCUUGAUUUCUCUUCACAUUUAGUCUAAAUAUAGGAUCACUGUACAUAAGCAAAAAGCAGGCUAUGCCCGCAACUGUACCAACAGAGAAAUAGCUCCACCAGUUCUCUCAACUGCUUUCACCUGCUUCAUGCACCAAGGGUCAAGAUAUUUGACUUGAACUUUCACAUAUAAAGAUAGUAAUGUUUC